UAGGGUUGAUUUAAUGACAAAACUUGUCAUGGCAUGUCUUCUGGAAGUUGAGAAUUGAAACCUCACCUAAUACCUUUGAUUUUUCUAUAAUUAUAUGCGAUUGGUGUGAGAUGGAUGGACGAAUGGUGGAUUAGGAAGCUAUCAUUGAAAUGAAACUAAAGACGUCAUCUAAUUACGAGUGGCUAACCAGAGUCAAGUCAGUGAACCAAGAAAGAGAAUUGAAGUAUAUACUGAACCUAAAUUUCUUUUUGGCAACUCCCAUCUUGUCGAUAAUGGCAGAACCAAUGAUCACCACUGCAACAAAGAGGUAUGCAGUUGUUAGUGGGGCCAAUAAAGGGUUAGGAUUAGAGAUAUGUAGACAGUUGGCUUCUAAUGGAGUAUUGGUGGUGCUCACAGCAAGAGAUGAGAAGAGGGGCCUUGAAGCUCUUGAGACUUUCAUAGGGUCUGGUCUCUCUGAUCUUGUGGUUUUUCAUCGGCUUGAUGUGGCAGACCCUUCUAGUAUUCAAUCCCUUGCUGAAUUUGUCAAGAACCAGUUUGGAAAACUUGAUAUCUUGGUGAACAACGCAGGGAUUUCUGGUGGCAUAGUAGACGGUGAUGCAUUGAGAUCUUUUGUGGCUGGUGGUGUUACUCCUGAUGAGCAAAGAGCACAGAUCAAAUGGGAUAAAAUAACGAGUGAGACUUAUGAAGUGACAGAAGAAUGCCUGCAAAUAAAUUACUAUGGUGCAAAAAGGAUGAUUGAAGCAUUUCUUCCCCUUCUCCACUUAUCUGAUUCACCAAGAAUUGUGAAUGUUUCUUCCUCCAUGGGGAAGUUAAAGCAUAUACCAAAUGAAUGGGCAAAAGGAGUGCUGAGUGAUGGCGACAGGCUUACGGAAGAGAAAGUUGAAGAAGUAUUGAAUGUGUAUCUAAAAGAUUUCAAAGAGGGUUGUAUAGAAGCCAAAAGCUGGCCUCCUUUUAUGUCUGCAUAUAUAGUCUCUAAAGCAGCCAUGAAUGCCUACACAAGGAUAGCGGCCAAGAAGUACCCCAAUAUCAUCAUCAACUGUGUGUGCCCCGGAUAUGUCAAAACUGAUCUGAACUUUAAUACCGGCAGAUUAAGCCUUGAAGAAGGUGCCAAAAGCCCUGUGAGACUGGCUUUGCUGCCCGAUGGAGCUCCUUCUGGUCUCUUCUUUUUUCGUAGUGAAGUUGAUACUUUUGAAGGAUAACAUGGGUUCGUGAUAUGUAAUAAUAUGCUGAUUGAUGAAUAUAGGGCUUUCUGUGCAUGUAUAUCAUCAAACUUCAAAAAUAAAUACCUUGUGACUUUUAACCAUCUCAGGUUUUAUUUAUGCUUGGUACUACAAAUCUAUUUCA